GGCCCCGCUCCUCCCCUCACGGCCGUGCCCGGAUCGAACCCGCCCCGCCGCGCAUGCGCCCCUUGCGCUCCCCAGCAGGCAGCGCGCCGCGCCGAGGUCAUCAUGGCGGCCAGGGCGACCGUUUCAGGCGGUGGCCGUCUGAUUGACAGAAUCCGCAAGUGGUAUUACAACGCGGCUGGAUUCAACAAGCUUGGAUUAAUGCGAGAUGAUACGUUCUAUGAAGAUGAUGAUGUAAAAGAAGCACUGAAGAGACUUCCAGAGCAUCUUUACAAUGAAAGAAUGUUUCGCAUAAAGCGAGCACUUGACUUAAGCCUGAAACAUCAGAUCCUUCCAAAAGACCAGUGGGUGAAAUACGAAGAGGAUAAGCAUUAUCUUGAACCGUACCUUAAAGAAGUAAUCCGUGAACGACUUGAAAGAGAAGCAUGGAACAAAAAAUAACUAUUCAACUACUACUUCAUGCGAAUGUCCACAUAUUUCUGAUAUCUCUAAACAUUUGGUUAUUGAAGUCUUCAGGGAGGCAAAUGUGAGAGGCUGAAGGAAUACUUGUUUCAGCUUGUUCAUGGGUUCUGUUCAUCCAACUAAAAUAAACGUGUCAAAGUAUAAAA